AUGGCGGGGAAUGAAGAAGUUCUCGAUGAAGAAAAACAGCUCAACGAAAAUGCCAAUGCUAGCAUAAGAUUGACUAAAUUACCUCAAACUCGUGUUAGAAAUAUUAUUAAGCUAGAUCAUGACGUUACUUUGGCUAGCUCUGAAGCUGUAUACUUGAUUACCAAGACCACGGAGUUAUUCGUAGAAUACUUCACAAAAGAAGCACAUAAACGAACGGUCGAAUAUAAGAGAAAAACACUACAGCGAAAAGACUUAGACGACGCUAUCAAGACAACAGAUCACUUUGCAUUCUUGGAAGAUAUCCCACUUGAUUAA